AUGAACUCGAAAUUAUCCAAUAAUUUAAGACAUGGACCACUACCCAUACGCCAGGACGAUUGUUCAUACAUUUGGCACAUUCCCUCUGGAGAUCGUUGCAAAUGGGUGAAGGAAACCAAGGAUUGUAUCACAGAUUCUGUAAUACAAUACACCGAAUUACUCUUUUGUUCAUUCGCUUCAGAAAAUACAUUUUUGUUCGGUAUUGGUCUGCUAAUGAUGAUCAUAUGGCUGUUAUACUUGUUCUUAAUCUUAGGGACUACUUCAGAUAAUUUCUUCUGCCCGUCACUAGCGGUGAUAGCCGAUGUUUUGCGGCUGUCGGACAAUAUAGCCGGGGUGACGAUAUUGGCAUUCGGAAACGGUGCUCCUGACAUCUUCACGUCCCUCGUAUCGGGUAGCGACGAAGGGAUAAUAAUGUUCACGGAAUUAAUCGGCGCCGGUGUCUUCGUGACGGCGAUUAUCGCCGGUUCCGUCGCGGUGAUCAAGCCCUUUAGGGUCCAGCUGAAGCCGCUGAUGAGGGACGCUGGAUUUUACAUCGUCACGGUCUGCUGGAUCAGCUACGUCGUGCGAGACUACACGGUUCACCUCUGGGAAGCUAUCAGCUUUGUUCUCUACUACCUAUUGUUCAUCAGCGUGGUGGUGAUAAUGCAGAUAUACGAGAACCGGGAGGAGAGGCUAAAAAGCAGGAUCCCUGGCGUGCCGGAUCCAGACAUCUUGCGCACUUACUUGGCGAACAAGGACGUGGCCACCGUACCCAACAUCCCCGUGAGGACUCGUGCUUCUGGGCUGAGAACAAAGCUGGAUAUCGCUAUCGCAGUCGAGUUGGAGAAGCAGGAGCACAACAAAAUGGCGCCGGGUGAGGCAGUCGAGGAAAAUGGCGACCGACCAAAGGGACUUUUCAAGGAAUUUCUCUACGAUAUUAACCCUGUAGGAAAAGAGGACUGGAUUGAUGCAAAUCGAAUAUUUAAAUUUAUUCUGAUCAUACGUGCUCCAGCCAUGAUUUUCCUUCAACUAUUUAUUCCACUUGUGAACACGACUGCCGUAAAGAGAGGCUGGUCCAAGCUGCUAAAUUGCUUCCAGCUGUGUGUGACACCGACGGUGGCGUUGUUUCUAUUAAACGUUUGGAAAGCGCAUUUUGGCCCGGUUUCAGUGGUGCCAAUAUUCCUGCUGGUUGGUAGCGUAAUUGGUGUUAUUGUAUUUCUAAUGACCCACGUGGAUCGCGUACCAAAGUUUCAUAACGUUUUUGCAUUUCUCGGAUUCUUGGCUGCCAUGCUGAUGGUCUAUUUGAUAGCCGGGGAGGUGAUGGCAGUACUCCAAUGUGUAGGAUACGCUUUCAGUAUAUCGGAUGCAAUGCUUGGUAUUACGUUCCUCGCAUGGGGUAACAGUGUAGGUGACCUUAUAUCGAACGUCGCCAUAGCCAGACGAGGAUUUCCACGAAUGGGAUAUGCCGCUUGCUUUGGUGGACCUAUGUUCAAUACGCUGCUGGGACUGGGCCUAACUUAUGGGAAAGAAGCCAGUAAACUACCCCAAAAACGCACGGUCAUGAGAAUGAGCGACAUGGCGCCUGGUUGUUUGGCUUUCCUCCUCUGUUCGUUAAUAUCGACUAUUAUCUAUUUGAACAUCACAGGGUCUAUAGCUAGGAAGUCGUAUGCCUACCUCUUGUACUCUAUAUACUUCACGUUCAUUCUUAUCCAGUUCCUCAGCGAGUUCAAGCUGAUACAUCCACUUGGGACUGAUCAUCGACCGGAUUAG